AUGGAUCUUUCAGCUCCAAAGUUUAAGGCAGACUUUGAUUCACCAGAUAUCACGGCACCUGACAUGAACGUAGAUUUUCCUAAAGGUAAAAUUAAAGGACCCAAUUUCAAGAAACCCAAUCUUGAUAUGAAUGCGCCUGACCUUGACAUCAGUGCCCCUUCAGGUAAAUUGAAAUUGCCAAAAUUUGGCUUUACUGGUAGUAAGCCAAAAGGCCCAGAUCUUAAAGUCAAAUCUCCAGACUUGAAUCUCAAAAGCCCCAAAAUAAAGGGAGGAAUCGAUACGCCAGACAUGGAUCUGACUCUGCCUCAAACUGAUUUGAAAAGCCUAAACCUAGAUGCCAAAACACCUGAUAUUGAUAUUAAUGGCCCUUCAGGUAAAUUUAAUAUGCCAAAGCUAAAGAUGCCCAGUUUUGGCAUGUCAGGUUUGAAAGGGCCACAUAUGAACAUGGAUGCUGAUAUUGAUAAACCAGACCUCAAUCUGAGUGCAUCAACUCCCAAACUACAUGCAGGAUUAAACAGUCCUGAUAUUGAUGUACAUGGACCUAAUGUUGAUCUCAAAGGUCCGAGAACAGACCUUACUCUUCCAGACAUUGACAAGCCUUCAGGAAAAAUGAAAAUGCCAAAUUUAAAGAUGCCCAAGUUUGGUGUCUCAGGACCAAAAAUAAAGACGCCUGACUAUGAUUUGAAGACCCCUGAAAUGGAUCUGUCAGCUCCAAAGUUUAAGGCAGACUUUGAUUCUCCAGACCUGAAUGUCAAAACCCCUAAAAUAAAGGGAGGAAUCGAUACGCCAGACAUGGAUCUGACUCUGCCUCAAACUGAUUUGAAAGGCCUAAACCUAGAUGCCAAAACACCUGAUAUUGAUAUUAAUGGCCCUUCAGGUAAAUUUAAUAUGCCAAAGCUAAAGAUGCCCAGUUUUGGCAUGUCAGGUUUGAAAGGGCCACAUAUGAACAUGGAUGCUGAUAUUGAUAAACCAGACCUCAAUCUGAGCGCAUCAACUCCCAAACUACAUGCAGGAUUAAAUAGUCCUGAUAUUGAUGUACAUGGACCUAAUGUUGAUCUCAAAGGUCCGAGAACAGACCUUACUUUUCCAGAUAUUGACAAGCCUUCUGGAAAAAUGAAAAUGCCCAAUUUAAAGAUGCCUAAAUUUGGUGUCUCAGGGCCAAAAGUAAAGACGCCUGAUUAUGAUCUAAAGACCCCUGAAAUUGAUCUUUCAGCUCCAAAGUUUAAGGCAGACUUUGAUUCUCCAGACCUCAACAUUAAAGGUCAUAAGCCAGAUAUCACAGGUCCAGACAUGAAUCUUGAUUUCCCUAAAGGUAUAUUUAAAGCACCAGACAUAAAGACACCUAAUCUUGACAUGAAUGCAUCUGGCCUCGACAUCAAUCCCCCUUCAGGUAAACUGAAGAAGCCAAAAUUCGGGUUAUCAGGUAGUAAGCCAAAAGGCACAGAUUUUAAAAUCAAAUAUCCAAAGCUGGUUUUCAAAAACCCCAAAAUGAAGGGAGGAAUAGAUGCCCCAGACAUGAACUUGACUCUGCCUCAAACUGAUUUAAAAGGCCCAAACCUAGAUAUCAAAUCACCUGAUGUUGAUAUCAAUGGUCCAUCAGGUAAAUUGAAUAUGCCAAAGUUAAAGAUGCCCGGUUUUGGCCUGUCAGGUAUGAAAGGGCCACAUAUGAAUGUGGAUGCUGACAUUAAUAAGCCUGACCUUAAUUUGAAUGCAUCAGCUCCUAAACUAAAUGCAGUGUUAAGUGAUCCUGAUAUUGACUUAAAUGGACCCAAUGUUGAUUUCAAAGGCCCAAAAACAGACCUUACUCUUCCAGAUAUUGACAAGCCUUCAGGAAAAAUGAAAAUGCCAAAUUUAAAGAUGCCCAAGUUUGGUGUCUCAGGGCCAAAAAUAAAGACACCUGACUAUGAUUUGAAGACACCUGAAAUGGAUCUGUCAGCUCCAAAGUUUAAGGCCGACUUUGAUUCCCCAGACCUGAACAUUAAAGGUCACAAGCCAGAUAUCACAGGUCCAGACAUGAAUCUUGAUUUCCCUAAAGGUAAAUUUACAGCACCAGACUUAAAGACACCCAAUCUUGACAUGAAUGCACCUGACCUUGACAUAAAUGCCCCUUCAGGUAAAUUUAAGCUGCCAAAAAUUGGCUUCUCGGGUAGCAAGCCAAAAGCUCCAGAACUGAAUCUCAAAAGCCCCAAAAUUAAGGGAGGAAUCAAUACCCCAGACAUGGAUCUGACUCUGCCUCAAAAUGAUUUAAAAGGCCCAAACCUAGAUUUCAAUUCACUUGAUGUUGAUGUUAAUAGCCCUUCAGGUAAAUUGAAUAUGCCAAAGUUAAAGAUGCCCAGUUUUGGCAUGUCAGGUUUGAAAGGGCCACAUAUGAACAUGGAUGCUGACAUUGAUCAGCCCGACCUUAAUUUGAAUGCAUCAACUCCCAAACUAAAUGCAGGGAUUAAUGGUCCUGAUUUUGACAUUCAUGGACCUAAUGCUGAUUUCAAGGGUGCAAAAACCAACCUUGCAUUUCCAGACAUGGACAUGCCUUCUGGAAAACUGAAAAUGCCCACCCUAAAGAUGCCUGAUUUGGUUUCUCAGGACCCAAAUUCAAAACAUCGGGCUGAUGAUUUGAAGACUCCUGAAAUGGAUCUGUCAGCUCCAAAGUUUAAGGCUGACUUUGAUUCCCCAGACAUUAACAUUAAAGGUCAUAAGCCAGAUAUCACAGGUCCAGACGUGAAUCUUGAUUUCCCUAAAGGUAAAUUUAAAGGACCAAACUUAAAGACACCCAAACUUGACAUGAAUGCACCUGACCUCGACAUCAAUGCUCCUUCAGGUAAACUGAAGCUGCCAAAAUUCGGCUUCUCUGGUAGCAAGCCAAAAGCUCCAGACUUAAUCUCAAAAAUCCAAAGCUGGUUUUCAAAAGAGCAAUGA